AUGAAGUUCUCCACCAUCCCCUCUCUCGCCCUCGGCCUCAUCGCCUUCAGCGCCAACAUGGCCCUCGCCACCCCUACCCCCAUGAACGGCGACAUCACCUCCAGCUUGAUCAACAAGCACCGCAAGACCGUCACCAGCCGUCAGACCUCCACAGUCAACACCACCCCGACCUGCGAGUCCGAGCCCGAGGGAUUCAUGACCAUGUCCGACGCGCGUUCUUGUCUCGAUGAGAUCGCUGCCAAGAGCACCGAGCAGCUGACUGUUCCGGCGCCUGGUGGAGUGCUCUGUGAGAGAACGAGCGGCAAGUUUUGGGCGGGGAUUGGUGGGAGCCGGGAGCAGGUUGCUGCUGCGUCCGACAUCGCUGCUGCUGGAAAGCUUAUUUUGGACGCCUGCAAGUUCGUCGGCAUCCCUGGCGCGCAGACCGAGAUGACUGGUGGUGGAGCGUACGUGGCUACCAACGGCCACAUUUAUAUCAUGUUCUCGAAGGAUGAGCAGGAUGACUGA